AUGUCAAUCCUCCCACCCAAACAAUACAUCGACCUCGCCAAAACCCUCCCCCCGCGCCUCCAACGCUUCUUCGCACGCUACCCCCCAAAAGCCAUCUUACCACCCUCCUACACACCACCAAAUCCAUAUGCCAUCACACUCACCCCAACACCUGCCCCUACCCCCAAUUCCACCUCCGAACCCUCAGAAGAAGCCAAACCAUUCGUAAACCCCGACAUCGAAACGCUCGGCUUCCCGAACCCAUUCCGCGCGCAAAAAUCCCCGAUCACAGGACUCUGGCACGAUCCAGUGUUUAGCUUAAGAAGACAGGCUGAUCUGGCGAAGCUUGCGAGGAAACAUGGGGUGGAGGAACUGUUGCCGCCGACGGUGAAGAGUAGUGCGGAGAAGUUAAGGAAGAGGAUGGAGAAUGGGUUGAGGGUUAAGGGGACGGGGAUUGGGGAGAGGGUUAAGGGGAAGGCUAGUGAGAGGACGCUGAAGGGACGGUUGGAGAAGAGGAGACAGGCUAUGUUGGAGAUGCCGCAGAUGGUGCAGACUUGGAAGGAGAGAGGCCAUGGUCGUGGAUGGAAGAAGUGGCCGAAGAAAUAG